CCGCCCCGCGCCAGGCUCCGCCCUGUCCCCGCGCGCCGCGCACCGCCCCGCGGCUGACCCAGGGCCCGCGCCCGCUCGUCCACCGACCCGACCCCGCGGCGGGCUGCAGGCGGCCGGCGACAUGAGCGGCGGCGGCGACGUGGUGUGCACCGGCUGGCUUCGGAAGUCGCCCCCGGAGAAGAAGUUGAGGCGCUAUGCCUGGAAGAAGCGCUGGUUCAUCCUGCGGAGUGGCCGGAUGAGUGGUGACCCGGAUGUCCUGGAAUACUACAAGAACGAUCACUCCAAGAAGCCACUGCGGAUCAUCAACCUGAAUUUCUGUGAGCAGGUAGAUGCAGGCCUGACCUUUAAUAAGAAGGAGCUCCAGGACAGCUUUGUGUUUGACGUCAAGACCAGUGAGCGCACCUUCUAUCUGGUGGCUGAGACAGAGGAAGACAUGAACAAGUGGGUCCAGAGCAUCUGCCAGAUCUGUGGCUUCAACCAAUCUGAGGAGAGCACAGAUUCACUGAGAAACUUCCCAUCUGCUGCUCAUGGCCCUCGCUCUUCUCCCGCUGAGCUCAGCGGUCCCAGCCAGCCCCUCCUGCGGGAACGGAAGGUCUCGGCACCAACGCACUCCAGCCAGCCCACCCUGUUCACCUUUGAGCCACCUGUGCCUGGCCUUGAACAGCCUGCCCUGUCCACCAGCGCACCCCAGGAGUAUCUCUACCUGCACCAGUGCAUCAGCCGGAGGGCGGAGAGUGCCAGGAGUGCCAGCUUCUCUCAGGGCACGCGGGCCUCAUUCCUCAUGCGAAGUGACACAGCCGUGCAGAAGCUUGCCCAGGGCAAUGGACACUGUGUCAACGGGGUAGGCGGGCAAGUCCAUGGCUUCUACAGCCUCCCAAAGCCCAGCCGUCAGCACAUGGAGCUCCGGGACAGCACCUACGACAUGCCCCGAGGCCUGGCCUGCCACGGCCGCACCCCGGGCAGCCUAACGGGCUCUGAGACCGACAGCGAGGACGUGUACACCUUCCAGACUCCCAGCAAUGCCCUGUGCCGGGAGUUAGGGGACCUCCUGGUGGACAACAUGGACACCCCGGCCACCCCACUCUCGGCCUAUCAGAUCCCGCGGACUUUCACCCUUGACCGGAACCAUAAUGCCAUGGCACUGGCCGCUCCCAGAGACUCGGCCGUAGUCGCUCCCCCACCCCGGCCCCCUAAACCAAGCCAGGCAGACACGCCUCGAUGGGGAAGCCCCCGGCAAAGACCUCCAGUCAGUGACAGCAGCAGAUCUGUCUCAGCAGCCGCCACCAUCCCCAGGCGCAACACCCUCCCUGCCAUGGACAACAGCCGGCUCCACCGAGCUUCAUCCUGUGAAACCUACGAGCACUCACAGCGUGGUGGGGAGGGCGACAGUGUCCGUUCCUUCCUGCCUGGGAAAGCCCCUAUGGGCCGAUGGGACAGCUCUAACUCUGAAGACAACUAUGUGCCCAUGAACCCGGGCUCCUGCACCCUGCUGGCCAUGGAGCAAGCAGCUGACAGCUCCCAGAGUGCCUAUAUCCCCAUGAGCCCUGGACCCCACCACCUAGACCCACUGGGUUACCCCUCUGCAGCCCUGCCCAUGCAUCGGGGCCCCAGCAGAGGGGUUGUGAUCCUGCCGCCCCCUGUCAACCGCAACCUUAAACCUGAUCGGAAAGCAAAGCCAACUCCGCUGGACCUGAGGAACAAUACGGUCAUCGAUGAGCUUCCUUUCAAAUCCCCUGUCACCAAGUCUUGGUCAAGGGCCAUUCACAGCCUCUCUGCCAGCUCCUCCCAGCACUGCCGCCCCAUCUCCACACAGAGCAUCACCAGCACUGACUCGGGAGACAGUGAGGAGAACUAUGUCCCCAUGCAAAACCCCGUGUCUGCUUCUCCCCUGCCCAGUGGCAGUGGCAGCCCUGCCCACAAGAAGAGCAGCGGCAGUGUGGACUACCUGGCCCUGGACUUCCAGCCCAGCUCUCCCAGCCCACACCGCAAGCCCUCCACAUCCUCCAUCACAUCCGAUGAGAAGGUGGACUACGUGCAGGUAGACAAGGAGAAGACACAGGCUCUGCAGAGCACCAUGCAGGAGUGGACAGACGUGCGACAGGCAUCUGAGCCUGCCAAGGGUGCCAAGCUGUGACCCACCCACCCCCAGCUGUGCCCUGCACCCAACCCACUCCUUUGCCUUUGCCAUCCCACCCAGCCCUGCCACGCUGCCGCUCCAGCCUUCUAAACACUUGACAUCAGGGAUCUGGACCCUUCUGAGGCACUUCCCUGCCCAUGUGGCUGCCUUUGGUCCUUCUCUGCCAUAGUUAGAUAUCACCAAAAACCAUCCUCUGGCCCUUCCUGCCAUCAUGCCUAGAUCUCUGCUGUCUUUAAGGGCCAGGAUUGAGCCAGAUUCCAACCCUCCUUCCCGGGUCCCUGAGAGGCCAGGUCACCCCACUGAUCAGGGAGCCACAGAGCUGAUAUAGGCAUAUCCCCUUUCAUCUAGCCAGGGCAGGGAGUUCAUGAAGGAGGAGAUAGAUGGGGUAGCCACAAGGGUAGAGCCAGUGGGUUCUGCUGUAGUGGGUACCCAGUGGGAGAAACCAAAGGGAC